AAGGCUUAGCAGUCCUGAGGGCAACCGGCGGGUUGAAGAUGGCGAAGGACGGGUACGAGAAGCCGGCCUCCACUGGCCUUGCUGCCGGCCUGAACAAGGGUUUCAUUGUCACCAGAAGGCCGUUGAAGACCAAGCCUUCCUACCGCAAGGGCAAGAAGGGUGGCAAAGUGGGCCUGAUUCGUGAGGUGGUCCGUGAGGUCGUGGGCUUCGCGCCAUAUGAGAGGCGCAUGAUUGAGCUGCUGAAGAUUGGUUCAGCUGCCACCUUCAAGCGUGCCCUGAAGCUGGCCAAGAAGAGGCUUGGAACUCACCGCCGUGGCAAGAAGAAGCGAGAGGAGAUGACGGAGGCUGUGGCCGCCAUGCGCCGCAAGGGACAUUAGGAAGCUUCAAACAGAAGUGUGUGGGUCAAAGCUCAAUUUGGAUGAUGAGUUUGAUCACCAUGGCUGACCUUGAGUGUGCCAAACAUCCAGGGCAUGACAGUGCUAAAAAGCGUGGCUCUGGCCAACCGCCGCCCAAAGGAGCACUGAUGAUGCGGGCAUUUUGCCGUUGCGAUCCAAUAAGCCUUGACUGGAGCAGGAAAAAAA